AUCUACUCAACCAAUCGCAAACGUGGCGACAAGCAUUUUCCAAACGGGUCUGGUGCUGAAUUUGAGUGCGGAGAUCUUCAAAACGCCAAUGGAGGUUGCUGUCUAUCAGUUGCAUAACUUCAGCAUCUCCUUCUUCUCCUCGUUAUUAGGAGGAGAUGUGGUGUCUGUAAAACUCGACAACAGGUAAAUAGAUAUCCGCACUGGAUUUUGUGUGUUAUUGAUGCGUAAUUUGUACGUAAUAGAUUUCAUUCAAAUAUUUCAUCUAAAUUGUUGUAAUUCAAGAUAGUCAAAUGUAUUUCUUUACAAAUAGACUAAGCAAAGUCAGGUUAUGCUGGUAUUCGUUAUGAUAUAACUGGAAAUACCGUAUUAUAAAUCUGUAAUGCUGUGCAGACUAUGAGUGAUGCAAUUUGACACCAGCCGCCGCGUCUCCUCCUGGUGCAUUUUCAAACACUUAAAAGUGGAGUAUCUUGAAACAAUCUCUCGAUACAAAUAUUAUGUCAUAUUUUGCAGCGCGCAACAAUGUAUCUAGCUAGGUUGCAGGCUGGCUGGUUUUUCAUACACAUGCCCAAUCUGGAAUAGGUUGAGACUUGUAGCAAGGUUCAUUCAUGGACACAAAUAGCCUAAACACAAAUUAAAUAAACAUUUGUGAUGAUGGCAUUACAUGGCAAUUGCAUCUCAAAAGACUCAAAAGAAGUUAUCUUGGUGCUGGACCUGGUGCCAUAGAGGCAGUCUGGUGUCAGAAUCUGUAUGAGAGCAUCAUAACCUACCAGUACUUACUAGGUCACCAGUUUGUUUGUUGUGAUCCAAUGCUCUGAUUUGAUAUGUUGACUUAUGGCUUCUCUUCUUCUCUUCUCCACAGUGCCUCGGGUGCUAGCGUUGUUGCCAUUGACAACAAGAUAGAACAGGCAAUGGUAUGUAUCAGCAGCAACAUGAUACACUUUUACCGUUCAUAUCAUCAUUCAUAGUAACCCAGUAACUCUGGGCUAUUCCAUAUCCCACCACAUUCAUGCACUUUGCCCAUAGUCGUCAUAUUCUGUAUGUCGGUAAUCGUAGUAGACUAGGCAUCAGUCAAGUACUCGUGUAGUAAUGUAGAAGCACGCUUAAUGCACGUGAUUAUUAUUAUUUUUGUACUUAUCUAUUUUUUACUUAACACUUUUUUUUUUGGUUUUUCUAUCUUUUCUUAAUAAAACUCCAUUGUUGGUUAAGGGCUUGUCAGUCAGCAUUUCACUGUAAGGUGUACACCUGUUGUAUUCCGCGCAUGUGGCCAAUACAAUUGGAUUUUAUUUGAUGUGUCAUGUGACUUGUGUUCUUUCUGUCGGAUAGGGAGGCAGGCAGGAAGCUAUAGAGUGCACGACAGCAGUCAGACUAUUCAAUAUUUAGUUUACUGAUACACUUUAGACCUUAAUACAGACCAUAUGGGUACACGUCUCUCUGUAACCACAUGGCCUGUUACUACAUGUUACUACAAGUGUUUUGUAAGGCACAGUAUGUUAAGCUUAUGCUAUAAAUCACCCUGCAUGGAUAGAUUUGUGGUCGGUUUGUAUGAGUUGCACAGAACUCUCUCUCUCUCUCUCUCUCUCUCUCUCUCUCUCUCUCUCUCUCUCUCUCUCUCUCUCUCUCUCUUUAAACAGACUUCUCUAACAGUAGAUCUCAUUCCUUCUCUCCUAUCUUAGGAUCUGGUGAAGAACCACCUGAUGUACGCGGUCAGGGAGGAGGUAGAGAUCCUCAAGGAGCAGAUCAGAGAGCUGGCUGAGAAGAACAAUCAGCUAGAACGUGAGAACAACCUUCUGAAGAACCUGGCCAGUCCAGAACAGAUGGAGAGCUUCCGGGAACGGGUUCCAUCCGAGUCCGAGCCAGGCGCUCUGGUCCCCCUGCAGCUGGACAACCAGUACCAACUCCAGCAGUACCAGCAGCAGACCCAGCAGUACCAGCAGCAACAAGCCCAGAUGGGACUCCAUAACCCUGACCAGUCCUGCCCCAUCAGCGCUGGCUCUGCUGUAUAG